AGUAGCGAUGAAGAGAUCGAACUCUGAGAAAAGGAUCUCGAAAUGAAACUGGGAGAGAAAGAAGGCGAGAAGAGAUGGCGAAAGAGAAGAGGUGUGUGGAGUGUGGCCACAAGGUUAAAUCAUUGUUAAUCCAAUACUCUCCUGGCAACUUCCGCCUCAUGAAAUGCGAGAAUUGCAAUGAAGUAGCAGACGAAUACAUCGAGUGUGAGCUAAUGGUAUGUCUUUCAAAUAUUCAAUUGACGAUCUUAUACUUAGUGGGUUUCCAUCAAAAUUUGAUUUUUCUUUUGUUUAUUUUUCAGAUUAUUUUCAUCGACUUGAUACUUCACAAAACAAAGGCUUAUAGACACUUACUCUACAAUGUGUUUACUCAAGAAACUGUAUACGUUCAGCAUCUGUUGUGGAAGUUGGUCUUGGCUUAUCUUCUUCUAGAUACUUAUAGAAGCUUGCUGUUGCGAAGAACCAGUGAUGAAUCAAGCGUGCCCAUUAGCUUUGUUCUUGCAUCUCUACAGGUUCUGGUUAAUGUCUUAUCUGCAAACUUUGCAUUUGUUUUAUCAUUUGCACUUGCGUCCAAGAUUAUAUCAAUCGGUGCUUCCAGAGGAAAAGAGAUUCUUUUGGGGAUCUUUAUCUCCAGUUACAUCAAGAUCUUUCUAUUUGCUAUGCCGGUUUGGGAGUUUCCGGUUUCUGUGAUCUUCAUUGUAGAUAUGCUUGUCUUAACAUCAAACGCAGUUGCUCUUAAAGUGAUGACUGAAUCAACAACUAGCAGAUGCUUAGCCGCGUGUUUCAUUGCACACUCGACUAAAUUCUUGGCAGAUCAAAUCUCUGGGUCAAGGUCCUUGAAACACUUGGGAUCUGUGAUGUAUCUGCCUUUUCUUUUCAGAAACUUGUGAUCUUAUAAAUCGUCCCAAGGGAUUCGAGACAAUUUUUUGUUUAAUCUUUGAUCAUAUUGUUCAUUAAGAUAAAUGUUAGGAUCCUGACACACUUUUAUUUAAUCCACUCUUUUUUGGAUGCUUCA